GGCCCCCAGCGGGAGUUUCCACUGGAAUAUUCAUGACCGUCACGGAGAAGCAUCAUGGAUGAAGAGAUCACCGACCUAGACAGAUUUAAGUUUUCCUCUAAAAACGUGUUCCCGUUGGAUACGCUACUUUGAAAUCGUUGGUUAAACAGAACCGAGGCGUUUAUCCCCAUAUUGAAACUAAACUGCUGGAUCUGGUCAUCGCUACAGCCAUAGUGACGGCACAGUAAGCAUCGUUCAUCACAUGUCUGACUGCCAUCUUCAGGAAAAAAUCACAAGAGCGAGAGCGAGAGAGAGAGAGAGAGGAGAGGGAGAGAGAGAGGGGAACAACCGGACAAAUCAAACAAUGAUCACCACGGCGACCGCCGACGGCCCCCCGGUGCCCCUGACGGUGCUGUCCCGCUGGUACCUGUACGCCAUCCACGGCUACUUCUGUGAGGUCAUGUUCACGGCCGCGUGGGAGUUCGUGGUCAACUGCAACUGGAAGUUUCCGGGCGUGACCAGCGUGUGGGCGCUGUUCAUCUACGGCACGUGCAUCCUCAUCGUGGAGCGCAUGUACCUGGGACUGCGCGGGCGAUGCCCCCUGCUGGUGCGCUGCCUCAUCUACACCCUGUGGACCUACCUGUGGGAGCUCGCUACGGGGCUGCUGCUUCGCCAGUUCGACGCCUGCCCCUGGGACUACUCCCAGUUCCGCUACAACUUCCUGGGCCUGAUCACGGCCGAGUACGCCCUGCCCUGGUUCUGCGCCUCCGUCCUCGUGGAGCGCUUGGUCAUCCACAACACGCUGCGGCUGCGUUACCACCACGCCCCUGGCAGCCAGGCGGGGGCGGGGGGAGGUGGGGAGAGAGGAGCAUGUGGAGGAGGAGGAGAGAGGGAGCGAGACGGAGGGACAGGUGGAAGUGGGAACGGGUAUUUGAAGGUGGACUGACCGGCGAGAAGAAAGGCUGAAUCGGGAAGGACGCCCCCCCACCCCCCCCACACACACACAGUCCCACUACCCUCAGGCUUUGCUCCACCUACCCACAGACAGACAGUCGACUGUCUGACAGACAGACAGACAGACAGACAGACAGAACGCUGGCAAAACGACAUGUCCCAGGCCGCCCAUUCACAAAGGGAGAAA